CCCUUUAUCAGUCAGCAACACCUGUGCAGUUGCCGCUUCGAGCCACUGUCGUAGAAAUGCUCAAUUUCCGCUCAACAAUUUUCGCUAGUAUACGCUCUCUUAUAGCGUUGCACACACCGCUGCCGCCCCUUUCACUCAAAUGCAUAUGCAUAAACGACACUUUGCUAUUGUAAAAUUAAAUUGUACUUUCAUCAUCCUUGCACCAGCAACAGCCAACAAAAACAAAUAGCCCAGCGCUGGGCUACAACGUCAGCUGAAACUUACAACAACAACAGCAAUAGCUGUACAUACUGACAACAAUAAUUGCAUCAGCAAAUGCAUCUGAAUGCACUACCACAAACACAACAACAACAAUGUGUACCUGUUUUUCUUGCCUUCUCCACUAACUCACACCGAUUUGUGCGACGCUCAGCUGUUGAAAGAGCACCACACUGCAUAUACUCUUAUGUACUUGCACUGCACAUAUGUAUGUAAAUAUGUAAAAGUAUAUACCGGCUAUAUAUGCAAUUAUGAGUUGUAAAUAAGUAUAAGCGCUUGUAUGUAAGCAUGCUUGUAGCUUUCAAAACGAUUUACAAGACAAUAGCACUGAUUCUUUUGUGCAGAUUCUACAAUAUAUGCGAGCGUGCAACAACAACAAACAACUCGACACAAAUUAACACUUGAGUGGGGUGGCUGGCGGAGAGCAGCAUGAGCGUCAAAGCAAAGACUCUCCUGCACAUUUGUAAUGCUAGAAAGCCAGCAAGCGCUCUUUUUAGCCACAUUGAGCGAUUGGCAGUGUGAAGAGCUAAAAAGCAAGCAAUCAGCCGCACACCGCAACGCCAAUAGGUCGAACGGUUGCUACGACAAACCUUUCUGUACGUGCGUGCGUCUGUAUAUACACGCUACGAAGGCAACAAAAGAAGAGUAUCGGCACAAAGGUGCGAGUAUACGAGGUAAAUGAGCGCAAUAUAUAUACACACACCGGCACACACACAUACACAUAAGCUAUAUGUAUGUACGCUACACAGCACAAAUGUAUGAAGCAAGCGCUCAUGCCUGGCGUGUACGUGCCUCCAAUUGUACAUAUCUACUCAACAGCGGCCGGCCGCUAGCAAGCUAUUCAACUGGCUGCUUGGCUAUGGCGACCGACUCGACGAGCAGUGGCGAGCGGUGAGCGCAGACACAUUGGGAAAAAAGCAACUCAGGAGCAAACCACCACCGCGGGUAUAAAUAAGCGACUCAUGCAGCCGGUUUGGCAUAGUAGCUUCGAAACACUGCAGAAGUACACAACUGAAACGGAAUAGUAACUGAAUUAGAAGCGAGUCAAAUACUUACCUAUUUGUAGAAAGUGUGAAGAACGCGAGUUUUAUGCCAAGAUACAAUUAAUUAAAGUAAAACAGAAAGCAGAAAGCAACACAAUUGUUUCGAGAAGAAUUCUAUCUACGUUCUAGUACUUAUUUUUUUUUUAUGAAAAAGAAGCAAAUCAACUGAAGGAACUCUGUAAUUUUAAACUAAAAUUUAAACACAAAAAAAAAAAAAAUUGCCAUCUUAAAAAAGUUGUUUAAAACAAGCUGAAACGGACCAACGCCAUUAAAGUGAUAAUUUAACAAAAAAAAAAAAGCAAAACAAAAGCAAAUAUAGUUAAAGUAAAAGCAGAAUCAAGUGCUGUGAUUUAAAACUACAAAAAGUUAAUUUAAUAAUUUUUUAAAUAUCGGCAUUGGAAGCCAAACACAAAUUCUCCAAUGCAGCAGCAAGCAAUUCAACAACUUAACACUAAACGGAAAUUCAGCGAAUUGUGAUAAAGCGAAGGCGCAGAGAAGAAGUAAAAGCUUAUUAGAACUUUUCCAAAAAAGUUAUUAUCUUUGGACAAAUCAAAGAACUGAACGCAGUCGUUCAAAAAGUGAUAUCUAUAUAUAUAUAUAUAUAUAUUUGUAUAUAUAAAUAAGCAACCAGUGUGAUUUCGACUGAGAUUUUCCUGCUGAAAACCGUACGCCAGUCGAAAUAACUGCAAAAGAAGAGAGAGGCCUGCCUGUGAAGUGUGAAGCAGCGCUCUACCACCGAAAGCAAUUUUGUUUGAAUCAAGUUCAAUUCUGAAAAGCAAAUAAUUUAAAUGAAAAUGGAAGUACUUGCGGUGCAACAACAAUACCAGUCGAAAUACAACAUAUACGGGUCCAGUAAAGUUAGAGAUUGGACCAGCACAUUGUCGCCACUGUUGCCGCUGGCGUCCAGCGGUUGGGUCGACGCGGAGCCCGUGGUGGCCGCCACCCCGCAACCGACCGCCAGCAUACCCAUACCAUAUCUGCAGAAUCAACAGAAUUAUCAUAUUAGCAGCAACAACAAUAACAAUAAUAAUAAUAACAACAACACAGUUAACAAUAAAAAUGUGAAAAACAGUAUUAUGCAUCAUAAUAAUAAGAAAACCAAACGCACAGCGAGCACCGAAGAGCUGCUGGCGGUGCCAGAGGUAAUGAUUGCCCCACCGUCGUUGAAGGAGGUCAAAAAGGUGCCGGCAAGCCGUGCGGCAUCCGCACCGUACACCUUAACACCAAACACAAACACAAACACAAAUACAAAUACAAUCUCUGCAACACCGACAGUAGGCGGCAGCUACCUCACCACCCAGCAUACACCCUCCCAGAAUCCCUCAACAAAUCUCUUCAACUGUGAUGAUAUCGAUGCAGCAGCCGUGGAAGAUCUCUCACUGCGCCUGUUGGAUGAGUUGCGCGCCGCCAAGCAGCGUCAUCUCACCUGCACCGAAGUCUCCCUACCCUGUGAUCUCACGCUGCGCAUUGCCGCGGAAAUCAUACGCGUCUCCGCUAAGGAACCGUGCGGCGUACGCGGCUGCACCAUCUACAUCGAAUUCGAGGAUGAACCGAACAAUUCGCGACGCAUUGCCGAACUCAAAUUGGAUCCCGAAAUGGUAUCAACAUUUGAGAUCUACUUGACGUUGCGUCAGGAUCACCGCGGCUGGACCUCGCUGCUGCCACAAUUUAUGAAGAGUCUGGCGCGCACAAUCACCAUCAGUCCAACAUUCACCAUCACCAAGCACAAACUUUACUCAUCGGAUCGCACCAGCUACAGCUAUGGCAGCAGUGCGUCCGCAACGAUCUCAACAACAACACCAACAUCGUGAAUCGAACGCGAUGUGAACAGCAUUAGGCAGCAGCAGCGCGCAGCUGUGGCAACAGCUCAGUUCAAUGAGUUGGAGUCGACUGCGGCUGCGGCUGCAUCUGCGUCGCUGGUUGUGAUGACGACGCGUGGUGUGCGUAAGCGUAAGCGUGUGUGGUGGUGUGAAUGCUGAAGGCUGAAGCGUUUGUUAAGUUGAUCGUCAACGUACGAGGAGCGCACUCAUGCAAAGCAGCACGGAACGCAGCGAAUUGUGGUAGCACACGAGCCGAUUUAACGAACGAUAUGCUUUAAGGAUGACUGCUGCUCGACGAGACGACCUCGAAACGAUGAAGAUAAAUCGAAAUCGUGUAAGACGUGUUAUUAAGUUAAGAUUUUUUUAUUAUAUUGCAUAAUGCAAGGACGAAGUGUAUUCGAAACAACCCCACCUACACACACACACACACACAUACAUAAUACACUUACAACAACAAAUGGCAAUAUGGCACAUACAUACUGACAGACAGACACACCGACGCGCACACUUUACUUACAGUAUCAGCGCGCUCCUCAGUGGGCCGCCUUCCACGACAUUUCUCACUUUCACUUUCCUAAGCAGCGUAUUUUGCGACACACACAAAACACAUACACACUCACAUACAUACACAUGCAUAUAAUCAUUUAUACAUAUAAGCGUACAAACGCCGUUUUGUAUGUCUAUCUCAUGUAAUGACGUAUAAAGUAUCUUUCAAUUGAAACAAAACUGAACUCGUUAGCUCGUUAGAUUUUAGUAAAGCGAAUACGCACCCACGAAUGAUCUGCAUAUUUAAUUAAAAAUAAAACAAAAACAAAAAACAAAAUUAAUAUUACAAAUAAUAAUUACUAAACGUUUUUAAAAUUAUAUUUUUAUGUUUAAUUUUAAUUUUAACAAAUUUCUGUGAAUGCAGUAAACGCUUCGCAGCGUUUAAGUCAAUUGUCUUGAGGAUCGAUUGAUUGAUUAAUUGAUUUUUUUGAAAUUCAAAAAAUUACAGUUAAUGCCUGAUAUAAAGGAGGAGUAGAAAUGCAUGAAAUUUUUAGAUUUCUAAGGCUGCAGCGGCGCCACAUACACACACACACACACACAAGUAUAGCAUAUAUUGCAUAUGGGCAUGUGUGUGUGUGUGUGUGUGCAAGCGCAUGGCGGCAGCCAAAAUCUCAAACUCAUGAAAUUGUGAUAACACUUUAAGAUGCUAAGAUUUUUUAAUUAAGAUUACGAAGAAGUAUAAAGAUAAAUAUGAUGAAGAAGAAGCAGCAGAGUAGCAGUUUAAAAGCGAAUUGCAAUUAAGCAAGUGAACGAUUAAAACAAAAAGAAGAAAAUAAAACAAAAAGUAAAUGUUGAUGUAGUUUGUGAGCAGCGCGCUAACUUUUUGAAAUAGAAACGAGCGGCAGGCUAGCAAGCAAAUAAAUGUGAAUGCGAAAAACAAAUACUUUAAAAAGCUAAACCUCUUCAGGCGUAAAAUUUGUGAAAAAAAUUUUGCAAAAAAUUUAUAAAACUGUAAAAUUAAUGUGUGAAAAGCAACAUAUGCGAUAUUGACUAAAAUUCAAAAUUAAAAAAAAAAAAAAAAAUUGAAAUGUAGUUGUGACAUUUGCAACAAAAUUAGUAUUAACAAAUUGAAAGCAAAAAAUUUUAAAAGUUGUAAAUUUCCAAAAAAAAAUAUUAAAUUAUAAAAAAAAAACUUUCUAAUAACUACAUAAAAGCUUAAGAUUUUUCAGUAAAAGUAAAAAAUUCGAAAAACAAUAAAUUAGCAAUAAUUUGAAAUGCUCACACACAUACACACACACACACAUACCUACAGUUGUUUCAAAAUCCAAACUCAAAUACAAAAAAAAAAUACACUUUGCAAUAGUUGGUAAAAAUAUGCAAUAAACCCAAAAAAAAAAUAUGUAAUAUGCAUUAUACGGCACAAAAACAACAAAAAAUUACAAAAUAAUAGCCAAAACACAUUUUAGCCAGCAAAAAAAUAAUAAACAAAAAUAAGAAAAAAAAAUCAAACACACUUGAACACAAUAGCUUAAAAAUCAAAAUAAUCAACAAAACAAAUAUAAAAACAAAAGUUAAAAAAAAAACAGCAACAACAAUAAAUAGCCUACUCAAUGCAACCGUUAGGUAUGUAGCCAGUAAGCGCUACAAGAUAACAGCUGUAGUAAGAUCUUAUUUGGCAGUAAUUAAAUAUUUAUUACAACUACAACAACAAACAAACAAACAAACCUUGUGCAUGUAUUAAUUUUUUAUUAUUAGUACUAUUAUCAUUAUUAUUAUUAUUAUUACACUACAAAGAAUGAUUGUAUUAAUGUUAAGUUUUUUCUAAUUACAUAUAAUGCAUUAAAACAAAAGCAAAAACAAAACCAAGCAUAUAUUAAAAAUUCAACAACAACAAAUUGUGUUAACAAACACACUACAUACAUUUUUACCAGCACCAAAGUGCGUAAAAUUUUUUUCAAAAAAACCACAAAAAACAAAAACAAAAAAAAUACAUAAAACAAAAAGAACUGAGUACAGCUUAUGUUGCCAGAUUAAAUUAAAAAAAAAAAAACAC